AUGGAUUUAAAAAAAGACAAUAUUGCUAAAAUAGCUAAUAGUCUUUGUUUAAAUGAUCUUAGGAAUCUUAUGCCAUAUGAUAAGAUUUAUAAUUAUAAGAAUGAUGAUAUAUAUGAAGUUGAAUUAUUUGACAUGAAAAAUAUUAAGGAAAAAGAUAUAUAUUAUUGCUUUUGUCUUGUGAAAGAAAAUUUAGAGGAAAUGUAUAAAAGAUCAUCUUUUGGAUGGUCAUCUAGGCGAAAACUUAAAGAAAUGAAAGCAAAGAAUACAAAAUAUAUUAUUAUCAGAAAAGAAAAGAAACAAGAUAUUAUUGGAUUUUUAAGUUAUCAAAUUGUAACUGAAGUAGGUGAGCAUGUUAUUUAUUGUUAUGAAAUACAAGUUCUACAAGCAUAUCGUGGAUUCGGUGUUGGAUAUAAUCUUAUGAAAAUAAUGGAAAUUUUGGGUCUAAAAUUAGGUCUUCAAAAAGUUAUGUUAACUGUAUUUAAUUGCAAUAUAUCUGCAUUGCGUUUUUAUGAAAAAAUGGGGUAA